AUGUCGAGGGUCCAAGGGGGCAGCAACCCCUGGUGGGGUUCAACCUGCCUGGGGAGCAAUUGCCCUUCGCUCCUCGGCGACGCCAUUUCUUAUAUCAACGAGUUGAGAUCGAAGUUACAAUCACUGGAGAGUGACAAAGAGGGGCUGCAGUCUCAGCUCGAGUCACUAAAAGAGGAGAGCGACGCGGGACCUUCACGGCCCCUGCCGCCUCUCCUAGCGGCGACGGCGGAGCAUGAGCUUAAGUUGAUGAAUGGCUACGGGCGGACCGCUGGCGUGGAGAUCGAAGUGAAGCUUCUUGGCGUGGAGGCGAUGAUACGCAUACAGUGCCAGCGCAGGAACCACCCGGCGGCGAGGCUGAUGGCGACGCUCAAGGACUUGGAUCUCGAGCUAUACUACGCAAGCGUCUCGGUCGUGAAGGACCUCAUGAUCCUGCAAGCAACGGUCAAGAUGUCGAGCUGCGGGUACACACAGGAGCAGCUCAGCUCCAUGCUCUUCUCCCGCGUUGCCGAUCCAAUACCCCGGCGCUAG